GCGGCAUCCUCCGUGAACGCAGCACCGGCAGUGUUGAGGUGAUCCAUGGCAACAGUCGAGCCCGUUUCUCCACUCACUCUGUCCGUCUGUGCAGCAGGAAUGACCCGAGGACGAGUCUCUCCUCACGGCUCCCGCUGACACUCACCCUCCCUCCCUUCCUCCCUUCCUCCCUCCAUCGGCAUUGACGUGACCGACCGACCGACCGACCGACCGGGAGCGAGCGAGCGAGCGAGCGAAGCCACGCCGCACGACAGCAGCUCCACAUCCGCGGCAGGUGACAGCAGCGAGGACCCGCACCUCGGAGCGCUGAAGGCGGCCACCACAGGAUGGUAGCAGUUGACGUCUGUGGGGCUUAAAACCACACAUUUCCACCUCAUGGUGUGUAAUUAAACGGACACAAGCCAAAAUGAAAUGGUUUUUUGACACUCUUUUGGCUCAAAUGAUGUCAGAUUUUUGAUAUUUUUGGUCUUUAGUGACUCGGGGAAAAACCCGGCACUGUCCCGUUUCUCUCCGCUGCUCGCCUCAGUAGCACCGUGCGGGUUUUUAAAUACAUUUUUUUGUAUUAUUAUUUAAUAUUACUACCAGUAUCUGUACUGAGCAUCAUAGUGAAGAUGGCGACUGGUUCUGGUUGGCAGCAGCAGUAUUACUGCCCCGUCGGUCAGGGGAAAUUUAACUCGUCCACGGCUUCAAGCUUUCAGUCCGGCAUCGCCAUGGAAUAUACCCAGGACCUGCACCUGAAGAUGAGCAAGAAGAUCGCACAGCUAACCAAGGUUAUCUAUGCACUGAACACGAAAAACGACGAGCACGAGGCGGCCAUCUCCACGCUGAAGGAGGCCCACGAAGAGGAGGUGCAGCAGAUCCUGUCCGAGACCAGAGAGAAGAUUCUCCAGUACAAGAGCAAGAUCAGCGACGAGAUGGACCUGAAGAAGCGGAUCCAGUCUCUGGAGGAGUCCAUGGAGCUUCACGAGAGGAUGAAGCGUCAGGCGCUGGCCGAGUUCGAGAGCUACCGUCAGAGGGUGGAGGACAUGCAGCUCUGCACCGAGGCUCAGCACACGCAGCGUGUGGUAUCCAUGUCCAGGGAGGUGGAGGAGAUGCGGCGGUCCUUUGAAGAUAAGCUGCGUACAUUCAGCCAGGCCCAGGCCCAGUUUGAGCAGGAGAAGAAGGCCGCUCUGGAGGAGCUGAAGGCCCAGCACAGACAGGAGGUCCAGGAGCUCCUGCGCAGCCACCAGAGCCAGAACGCCAACUACAGCAAAGACCAGGAGAAACUGGGUCAGCUCCAUAAGGCCGAGGUGGAUUCUUUGGCGGAGCGCGUGGAGGAGCUCAAGCAAGACAAAAAGAGGCUUGUGGAGGAAUAUGAGGCCAAACUCAGCAAGGCUCAGGCCUUUUAUGAGCGCGAGCUGGAGGCCAUGAAGAGAACUCAGCAGCUGACCGCCGACAACCUGUUGGCAUGGAAACGCACCGAGGCCGAGCUGCGGCGGGAGUUCCAGACCCAGGAGGCGGCGCUGCAGAAGACCCUGGGCAAACUGAGGACGGAGCUGGCCAGGGUGACGGACGAGGCCCGGGAAAACCGGGAGAAGUCGUACAAGCUCCAGUCGUCGCUCACCACGGCUGAGAGCUCCGUCAAGGACUUAACCAAGCAGCUGGACGAGGUGAACCAGAACUCUGAGAUCGUGGAGAUCCGUCAGAAAGAAGCCGAGUGUGAACUGGAGGCAGCCAGAGAUCGAGUUCAGCAGCAGGCCACAGAAAUUCUGCUCAAAGCCAGUCAGAUAAGCAGCCUGCAGGCCACCCAGAUGACUCAGGAGGCAGCCAUCAGGGAUCUGGACAACGAGCGCAGCCGGCUGAAGGACAAGGUGGUGAGGAUGGAGGAGGAGAGGGAGUCCCUGCAGAGCCAGAUCCAGGCCCAGGACGAAAGACAAAAGCAGCAGAUCCAGUGUCUGGAGAAGACGCUGCACGACGACAAGUCGGCGCACGACAAGGACAUGGGCAACAUGCGCGCUCGCUACGAGGACGAGGCCGGGCAAAUGAAGGAGAGCCAGGCGCGCACUCUGGACGAGGUCACCAAGAAGCACAGGGCCACGCUGGAGAACAGUCUGAGCAGCGCCGAGAAGGACAAGAACCGCCUGCUGGCUGAGCUGGAGCAGCAGUUUGAGAGGGAGCGUCUGUCGCUGGAGGAGCAGAAGACACUGCUCAGACAGCAGCUGGACGAGCUGAAGGAGGAGCUGACCUCCAAACUCACCGCAGCCAACGACGAGUUGUCUCGCCUGCAGGGGGAGGUGCAGCAGAGGGAGCAGGACAUGGGGACGGCCGAGGGACAGAUCUGCUCACUGAAGGAGGCGCAGGACAAACUGCUGGAGGAGCUGGACGCCACCAGGGCGCGACUGAGAGAGACCAGCAACCUGCUGACCGCACUGCAGGGCGAGCUCGAGACCCAGAAACGUCACCAUGACGCGAAACUCAUCACGACCAAAGAAGACGAGAAACUCAAGAUGGACAAGAUGGCUCUGGAGCUGGAGCUCAAGUGGACCGAGACACUCAGGCAGGAGUGUAAGAAGCUCCGAGAGGAGCUGAGAGAAGACCACGAGGAGGACAAGGCCUCAGCACUGACACAGCUGGCACAGACCAAGGAGCAGGAACUGAGCAACGCCAGGGAGAGCUGGCAGAGGAAGGUGGAGGACCUGCUCGAACAGAUCUCCUUACUGAAGCAGAGUCUGGAGAUGCAGCUCUCGCAGUCGCAGUCGUCGCUGCAGCAGCUACAGCACCAGUUCAGCCAGGAGAGGGAGCACCUGAGGAUGCAGCUGGAUGAGCUGCAGACGGAGCACCAGAGGCGGCAGCACCGCCUGAAGGAGGCGCACUGCUGCUCCAUGCAGGACCUGGAGCGGGCCAGGCAACGGGACCUGAAGGACUUGGAGGAGCGUCUCCGCCACCAUCACCACGCGGAGCUACAGUCGCUCAGAGAAGCUCAUCGCCAGAGCAUCGAGACACUCAAACAGCAAUCAGAGCAGGAGCUGCAGACGCUGCGCUUCGAGCUGGAGGACGAGGGCAAAGCCAUGCUGGCGUCUCUGCGGUCGGAGCUAAACCACAUCCACGCGUCGGCCAUCGAACACCUGAGACAAACGCACCAGCAGGAGACAGCCGUUGCCAAAGCGGAGUUACAGAAGACGCUGGACAACAACCGGAUACAGGAGCGCGAGUUGCUGGGUCGGAUCACGGAGCUGCAGGAGGAGGUGUCGAGGAGGAAGAACCACAUCGCUCAGCUGGAUCACCAGAUCCACACGCUCAACGAGAACAUCAGCACGCUCACCAAAGAGCUGGAGCUCAAAGGCAAAGAGGUGCUGAAGAUCCGCAGCGAAGCCAAUCAACAGAUACGUGUCCAUGAACAGGAGCUGGUGAAGAGACACGAGAGGGAACUGUCUGAACUAAGCUCCGCCCACAGCAGAGAGACACAGAACAUGCUCUCUGACUUCAACAAAGCACAGGAAGUGCUGAAGGACAAGAUCUCUGCCCUGCAGAUCCUGCUGGAGGGAACAGAGGAUAAGUUCAGGAAUCGGGAAAGUCGUCCCGAGGAUCUUCAGAUCAUCGCGGAGCUGAAAGACAUGGUCUCCGAGAGAGAAUCUCUCGUCAAGAAACUGGUGGACGAUAAGAAGUUCUACCAACUCGAACUCGUCAACAGGGAGACCAACUUCAACAAAGUGUUUAACGCCAGUCCCAACGUAGGAGUUAUCAACCCACUCAUCAAGCAAAAGAAAAAGAGUGAGAAAACAGCAGCCAGCAGAUUGAGCAGCUCUUCUAAUCUCAGGGCUUUGGAGGCAGCGGGCGUGGGCGUGGGCGUGGGCAUGGGUGUGACGGGAUCGGGGAGCGGGUUGCCCCCACACCCACCACAUCCACCGCCCCCACCCCCAACCCAGUCCAGCCGUCUAGAGCCCAUCCCCAACUCCCCCCUCCACCACCUUGAGUUCAACUCCACCAAACCUCUUCCCCCACCGACCCCUCCCACCGAACCCAAGAAAUUCAUGAGCCCUCCUGAGACUAAGGACGCCACCAUUGACGCCGCGGACGCUCAGCGCCAGGAAUGGUUCGCUCAGUACUUUUCCUUUUGAUUGACAACACAAACCUGCAAACGCGAGGACUCAGCAUGUCGACCAAACUUUAAAAGAAACUUAAAGGAACAAAAAAACUACAACAAAAAAAGAAGAAACUCUUUGUUCUUUAUUGUCAUUAAACAGUUUUUUGGGGAUCAAUUCACUUCAGACUCAGUCGACAGAAAAUGUCACGUCAUAAUUUCAAAUUGACAGAAAGAGUCACGUCAUGGUUUCAAUUCACUCCAGACUCGAUCGACAGAAAGUGUCACUCACGUCAUGGUCUCAGACUCGGUAAACAAAGUGUCACGUCAUGUCUCAAUUUGACAGAAAGUGUCACGUCAUGGUCUCAAAUCACUUCAGACCUAGUAAACAGAAAGUGUCACGUCAUGUCUCAGUUGGACAGAAAGUGUCACGUCAUGCUCUCAAUUCACUCCAGAUUCGGUCUACAUAAAGUGUCACGUCAUGGUCUUGAUUCGCUGCAGACUCAGUCGACAGAAAUUGUCACGUCAUGGCUUCAAUCCGUCAUGGGCAGAAAGUGUUGCAUCAUGGUCUGAAAGUGUUGCGUCAUGGUCAGAAAGUGUCAUGUUAGUUGCGUGAAAGUGUCGCGUCAUGGUCUGAAAGUGUCGCGUCAUGGUCUGAAAGUGUUGCGUCAUGGUCAGAAAGUGUCACGUUAGUUGCGUGAAAGUGUCGCGUCAUGGUCUGAAAGUGUCACGUUAGUUGUGUGAAAGUGUUGCGUCAUGGUCUGAAAGUGUUGCGUCAUGGUCUGAAAGUGUCACAUUAAAUGCGUGAAAGUGUCGUGUCAUGGUCUGAAAGUGUCGUGUCAUGGUCUGACCGUCGUUGAAACACACAGGACUCGAUGUCAUUAAUUUUCACUUUCGGUUAAAAAUGGAACGACCGACUUGUAGUCGAGCAGGAAGUGAAUUGAACCCGAUCCUGACUGAUCGAUUAGUUCUGUCUGAUGAUUUCACUGUGGACGAGUUUCUCUCUCUCUCCGUAUGUUUGAUGUUUAUUUAUUUAUUUACUUCUUAACUUAUUUCGCAGUUUCUUGGAACUAAAGAAGAAGAAAAAAAAGACGAGUGAUGAAUUUUUUCACGCUGCUAAAUUUUUCCAUCGAUGGACGACAGUGAGAAAUAAACCGUAUAUAAAUAUAAAUAUAUAAAGAAAUAAAUGGUAGGUUAUUGUGCUCUCUCCCUUCCUCUCUCUCGCUCGCUCUCUCUGUACGUGGGCGUGGCCACUGCAUACCGCACGUAGUAGAGGAGGAGGGCUGAUCUAAGACCAGGACCGGAUCCUGGAUCAGUCGGAAGACGUCAUCAUGGCCAGUUUGUUCAGGCAGCGUAGAAGUUUAAAGCAGAUUUUGGUAGAAUAUUAAUUAAAUUAAGAAAAAAAUGUUUGUAUGGUCGUCUGUCUAAAACACAGAUAUAAUGAUGUCUCACCAAUUUUAAAGAUCAAAAAUAGCAUAUUUUAUAUUUAUAUUAUAAUGUGUAUGCUUAAUAAAUAACUAUUGUGA